AUGUUUGAUUCUGAAGUUGUAAAGCAACUGUUGUAUAGGUACAAUGAAUUUGGUAUUGAUGGUGGCCCUGCAGCUAAUCAAUUAACAAUUAUUCAGAGGCAACUGACUUCCAAAUUGGGAGAUGUGACAUUGAAGAUUGAUAUGCUGGCUUUUGUGAAAACUGUAGAAGGGAUGACAAUUAAACUUUUGGUUGAGAGUUCUGUCGACACAAUUGAUUCGGCGACGGUUAAGAUUGAGGACAUUACUAUUAAACUUGAUGUCCAAAAUGAGUCCACUAUCCAUCUUGAAGAUGGAUUAAAAAUGAUUAUAUUUCUGAAAAACCUAAUUUCCGGCAAAACCCUUGAACUUCAUGUCAAGGGUUCAGACACUAUUUUUAGUGUCAAAGCUAAAAUCCAAGACAAGGAGGGAGUAUCAAUUAAGGAUCAGCGAUUAGUUUUGGCAGGACGUAAACUAGAGGAUUAUCGUACUUUGUCUUAUUACAACAUUGAGGACGAAUCUACCAUUCAUCUUGUUUCCUCGUAUUAUGGUUGA